CCUCUGAAAGCUCAUGCUGAGGCGGGAUGUGGUUGGAUGCUGAUGGAGGCGUGUGUUCAGUCUGCAGCUGCUGCUUCCUGCAGUACAUACGGCUCAGGUGGAUGUUUACAGUGGUUUUUAGCGUUUAUGGUGACGUUUACGUUCCGGACAGUCAGACUUUUUUUUUUUUUUUUUUGCCUGAAUGUGAUUUUUAAUUUGCAGAUCGGGUGUAGGGAGUCAUUCAUAUCUGUCUGAGGAAUUGUCACUGAGCUGAAGCGACGCUGUUGAUGGUGGACCAAAGUAGCUUUUAUUGUGAAAGGGUUCGUAGGAAGUCACGUGACUGGCAGUUCUCCUGUCCAAUCAGAGAUGCGCCUUCGGUUCGCGCGGACUGAAGCUCGGGCGUGUUUCCGGUGGAAGCGGCAGUGAAACUGGAGGCGUCGGACCGAAGACGAUUCCGUCUGAUUGUGCUGUGAAGAAUUAAAACGAUCAACCAGAUGGCGGACUGCGUGUCGAAGGUGGAGCUGACCGUCUGCUGCUCCGACCUGCUGGAUAAGGACGUGGGCUCCAAGUCCGAUCCCGUGUGCGUGCUGCUGCAGAGCACGGGUGGAGACAAGUGGGUGGAGCUGGGCCGAACCGAGCGCGUGAAGAACUGCUCCAGCCCCGCCUUCAGCCAGCGCCUCAGACUGGACUAUCACUUCGAGGCCGUCCAGAACCUGAAGCUCCAGGUCUAUGACAUCGACAACGCCACCUCUGACCUCGGCGAUGACGACUUCCUGGGAGGGGUGGAGCUGACUCUGGGACAGAUCGUGGCCAGCAAGACUCUGACCCGACCUCUGCAGCUGAAGAAAGGGAAGCCAGCGGGGAAAGGCAGCAUCACCGUCUCUGCAGAGGAGAUCAAGGACAACAGAACCAUCGUUCUGGAGCUGGAGGCUAAGAACCUGGACAAGAAGGAUACGUUUGGGAAGUCUGAUCCAUUCCUGGAAAUAUUCAAAGAAGGAGAAGGCGGAAAGUGGCAGCUGGUUCACAGAACAGAGGUGGUGAAGAACAACCUGAACCCGUCCUGGAAGAAGUUCACCGUUCCUCUGCACACGUUCUGCUCGGGUGACCUGGAGAAGCCCCUGAAGGUGGACUGCUCCGACCACGAUAGUGACGGCUCCCACGACCUGAUCGGCUCCUUCACCACCAAAGUGUCUGAGCUGCAGAAGGCAGCCCACGGUUCCCCGGUGGAGUUCCAGUGCAUCCACCCCGAGAAGCAGAAGAAGAAGAAGAGCUACAAGAACUCAGGGCUUGUUCUGGUGAAGAGCUGUAAGCUGGAGGCUCAGUACACCUUCCUGGACUACGUGAUGGGCGGCUGCCAGAUCAACUUCACCGUCGGCAUCGACUUUACUGGCUCCAAUGGAGAUCCCCGUUCUCCAGAAUCUCUGCACUACCUGAGUCCAGACGGGCUGAACCAGUACCUGUCUGCCUUGUGGUCAGUGGGUCAGGUGGUCCAGGACUACGACACGGAUAAACUCUUCCCAGCUUUUGGUUUUGGAGCCAAACUGCCUCCAGAUUAUCAGUCUCUCCCAUCAUCAACCACGUGGCGUCCAUUGCCUCCAGCGGCGCUCAGGCCAACACUGCCACUCAAUACUUCGUCCUCCUCAUCCUCACCGCUCCCGUGUCGGCUCUGGCGCAGUCUGUCCUCGCCGAAGUCCCCAACCAGCUGGUGACGUACUUCAAAAUGAGAGGCCUUAAUCCCUUCAAGCAGGAGGCGCCCGCCAAAUCCUAGACCUGGAACCGACCCGCAGAACCUCCAUCUUUUCCUCCAUUCCUGACUCCUUGUAACUGUGUCCAUCAGCCAAUCAUGUCGUCGUCUUUCUGCACGUUUGAGUCCAAAUGUUUUAGGGCCAAAAAGCACUUAAAGCUUUGCUGCUUCUCUGAUAUCUAUGCAGAUUCAUGUUUGCAAACAGCCUUAAAAAAAGAGCUUUCCUGAUGCCUUUUAGAAUGCCACCCUCUACUGGUGGUUAUGGGAAUUGUUACUUCUUCUCACACUUCUGACUUGUUGCCAUGGUAACCCAGCUGGGCCAUACUUGUUAGCAUCAUGUGCUGGUGCCAAUACUUGAAUGAACUGCUUUACAUUUGUCUUCCAUAAGUACUGCUGUUGCCUUAAGCAGACUUUGCCGCUGCUGCACCGUGACUCUGGUUUCCCUUCUGCUCCUGCAGAAGUCUUUGAUGCCAACACCAAAGACAACGAGAGUUUUUUAGACAGACAUUCUUGUUCAGUUUUUGCUGGUUAAGAAAACCAAACAAAAUUUUCAUUUUUGGGGUUUAAAUUGAAUUUUUUUAAAAUUUCUUUUUUUUCUGAGAACAUGUUUUGGAUGAGAAUUCAGUUUUUCUGGUUUACAUUCCUGUAAUCUGAGAGAGAUCAUACUCAUCGUUUCCAAUCUCUGUUUUUCUUCUUGCAUCUUUUCCUUUGUUGAUCUCACAAAAGAACCGACUGUUGUCCCACUUAGAUCUAACGAUAAACCGCGUCAGAUGAACCUGCAUGUUUGCUGGACGGGGAAGCACUCCAGUGGAAGCAGUCUGGUUCUGCACCAGCAGAGAACUGCACAGCAGAACCACAUUUCUAAGAGAGACCUUUCACUUCUCAGUUUUGAUAUCAAUCUUUUGUGUCAAAGGUUUUUGUGUUUUGUGCAGAGAUAUUUUUAUUCCUGCAUCAUGUUUUUUUUAAGUCAUCAGUUUAGUUUUGCUUUGACCAAAGAAACACUAAGAAACUUUAUUCCAGAGAAAAGCCAAAUUCUCAGUUUUCUGUUUGCACUUUGAGAAUGAUCCUUCUGGGCUCCGGUCGUUCAUCAUAGAGCGGUCGGUCCACUUCCUGCUUUAGAGUCCAGGUGUGUUGGAUCCUGAACGUCUGCAGUUCAGAAGCUGCUUGUCUGAUCAGCCAAUAAACCAGAUUCCAGUCGA